AGAAGUAACACAGAAAACUGACACAUCACAAAACCAGAUUGAUAUAUACCCUUCCUGGAACAGACAUUUCCACCCUUUUCCCCGAAACCUCAACUCCUCGACAACCAUAUAUCUAUAUAUAUUCACAUACACAUACAUACAUAUAUAUAUAUGUAUAUUUAUAGUUCCUUUUAGCUUCCAAAGAUGAUUAGAAUUUUGGAAGCACAACCUACAGGCAUAGAAUAUUCUACUGAUGAACAACUAAAUUUUCAACCAAGUGUUGCUUUGGUGAUUGGAGUUCUAGCAAUCUUCUUUUUACUGACUUUUGUCCUCCUUGUAUAUGUGAAAUUCUGCCACAGAAGCGCUUAUGUGGUAGGAAACAACCAUCUCCGGUCAACAGGACUUGUCACCGCAAGCGCUCGAUUUUCCGGUAUUGACAAGACAGUGAUUGAGGCCCUUCCCUUUUUCAAAUUUUCUUCACUGAAAGGGUCGAAAGAAGGCCUCGAAUGCGCAGUCUGCCUGUCGAAAUUCGAAGAUAUUGAAAUCCUCAGGCUGCUUCCCAAAUGCAAACAUGCUUUUCACAUCAGCUGCAUUGAUUACUGGCUUGAAAAGCACUCAAGCUGUCCUCUCUGCAGGCACAGGGUUAGUUCUGAGGACUUAACUUCCAUUACCUACUCAAACAGCAUGAGGUGGAUUAAUCAAUCAGAGCGCCGCCAGGACUCGAACAUAGAGCUCUUUGUUCAGAGAGAGGAGGAUCACAGCGGUUCUUCAAGAUUCAGUGUAGGAAGCAGCUUUCGAAAAGUUGAAAAUGUGAUUGAUGACGAACUGUUGAUCCAAGAAGUUGCUGAUGUGACAGAGGAAGGUCAGAAAGUCCUGCACAAGCACAAGCACAAAAUUGUUGUUUCGGAUCUUGAGUUUAAGAACAGAUGGAGCAAUGUGAGUUCCGCUGACCUCCUGUUCUUGAAUUCUGAGAUGCUUAACACGAUGUCAAGCGAUAGGUUCUCUUUCAGAGAUUUAAAUGAUGAGCAGUUUUCGCCCACGAAAGCAACAGGAAAUCAGGAGAUUGUGAAGAUUAGGGAGGAGAUGGAGAUGAAGAGAUUGUUUGAGGACAAAUUUAGUACAAUGAGUGAACAUAGUUCAGCUUUGGUUCCUUCUGCUUCAGUUAGCAUAGAGACGUCAGCUCAUGCCUCAAGUUCUGUGAAUCAAGGCGAGAAAAGAUCCAUGUCCGAAAUCACUGGUCUUUCGAGAUUUGGGAAUUUGGGUUCUAAGAACAGGACUAGAGAGCUUUCUCUGCUUGAAAACAAUGCAAAGGAGGAAAGAAUGAGGCGGCUUUGGUUGCCGAUUGCCAGAAGAACAGUCCACUGGUUUGCCAACAGAGAGAAAAGGUCUCCACAGCCUCAACGGCCUUUAGAUGUAUAAUUUGAAUCAACAGAAGAUUUAGGUUUCAUAGGAUUUAGGUAGUUUGCUUCGAAGUUUUAGAGUAAUACACGCACUUUCAACGCUGUUUUAUUUUUCGAUUCCUUUGUAACAAUACAUCGUUCUAAAUUUUUAAGGACACAGGUAGCUUCUAUAGAUGUCAAUAGAAAUCUUAUACAAAUAUCAACUUCUUGAAUCAAUGAAAUUAUAUGUUGUCGUUUGCUUUUGCUUCG